AUGUAUAAAUGGGGGGCCAAGAGGCAGCGGAGACACUGGCCCACUCGCACGUCCGAGGCAUCUCUGUCCAGCAUGGCCAGGUACACGCUGCUGCUGCUCCUGGCGGCGUGGGUGCUGACGGGGGAGCUGUGGCCGGGGACUGAAGCCCGGGCAGCGCCUUACGGAGUGAAGCUUUGCGGGCGAGAAUUCAUCCGAGCAGUCAUCUUCACCUGCGGGGGAUCCAGGUGGAGACGAUCGGACAUCCUGGCGCACGAGACUAUGGGAGAUACCUUCCCGGAUGCAGAUGCUGAUGGAGACAGUCUGGCAGGCCAGCUGGAUGAGGCCAUGGGGUCCAGCGAGUGGCUGGCCCUGACCAAGUCACCCCAGGCCUUUUAUGGGGGGCGACCCAGCUGGCAAGGAACCCCCCGGAUUCUUCGGGGCAGCCGAGAUGUCCUGGCUGGCCUUUCCAGCAGCUGCUGCAAAUGGGGGUGUAGCAAAAGUGAAAUCAGUAGCCUUUGCUAGUUUGAGGGCUGGGCAGCUGUGGGCACCAGUACCAAUGCCCCAGUCCUGCCAUCCACUUAACCAGUGUCUGGCUGGGCACGUGUCUUUCGAGCCU